UCCGUCAGCUGCUGGUGUAGUACACACACACACUCGCGCCACACGACCAACAACACCUGCAACCCCACAGCAUGGUGAAGAUGUACAGUCAAACGCUGGUGAUGGUAGUGGUGGUGGUGGUGUUCGCUGUCACCCUAGCUGCUGCCCAGACCUUCCAGUACAGCCGAGGCUGGACGAACGGAAGGAAGCGAUCAGAUCCUAACGUGGGCGUGACGGAACUGUUAGCUGACCCACCCCGCCGCCUGUCCGCUCACUCACACCCUCACCCACCCACACACACUCUUCCACAGAACAUCGAAGAGCGACUGAGGGCCCUGGAGGCGGGACUCAACGCCGUCCUCAAAGCCAACAGCAUCAAUUUCCCCGGUGGCGACGAAGAAUACUAUGCCGAGAACUAAUUCCCCGAGUCUGGGAUCCCAAAUAAUUUUAAAAUUUCAAUGGAACAAUGUGAUAUUGCCAAUGUCUAAUAAUUAUUGUCAGUAUUAUUAUUGUAGUUAUUACUUUAACGUACCUGGUAUUCAUUUUGUAGCCGUGAACCACAACCCAAGAAUUCAUUUAAGAAACUGAAGCCGUAUAGUGUAUGCAGAACCACUGAGCUGAAAUAAGUCAAUUCUUAAUUGAAAUCCUUAAAUAUGUCUCAUUUUUCUCUUAAUGCUCAAAAACAUAAAUUAUUUUAAGAGGAACAGGAGUGUUGUUUCUGCUAGGUAUCUCGACAUGAUUGGUUGCAUGGUUUCAGUCGUCGAAUUUUGUGCUGGUGAUCUGAGUCUUAAAAACAAAUUAUAAUGUUUUUAUAUAUCAUACAGCAGCGUCUAGUGGAAGCCUUUACUGAUAACUUUAUGUCUUAUAUGUAUGUUUAUUUUAACACUCCUUUGGGAGUUUCCUAAUUUAAACAGAUAUUAUAUAAUUUACGUAACGAUAAAUGUGUCUUGAUCACCUUAUUACUACACGUUCUCUUAACUAACUUACUGAAGGUAUAUUUCCCAGAAUAAGACGGAAAAAGUAGGUAACAAAUUUCAGCUUAAUCGAUGAAUCCGUUAUUGAGAAGUACACACACACACACACACACUCUCUCUCUCUUGUAGCAUCGCAAUCACAUAAACGAUGACAAUAACCACCUCUCCCAAACCUGAUAAUAAAUAAUAUGGCAGUUAUAAACAAACAAAUAUUGGAUGAAAAAAAGUGCCAGUAACCCCACCCCCCCCCCUUCCAAUAUAUUGCUUCAUCUACAACCUACCGUUUUCUUAUUAACACGUCAUCUUUAUAUUAUCUAACCACAAGUAUUUUUGUUUCAAUAAGAAUUUUUCAUUUUGUUUGGUAUACUUCUUCGUCUUCAUUAUUUCUCCCUAAAUUAUCACCGUUUUUUUUCUGAUUAUCAAACACAAUUUUUUGUCUUUGGAAAUCUAACUCACAAUAGAAAGACAGUAACUCUGGAGGGUCGUUGUCAUCCUAUUCAGCUGACGAUAAAGGAGAGAGAACUGUGCCGCCAUGAGGGAGCAGAAUUAACCCUAGAUUACCCGACUUCUGGAGGUGUUCCUUUAUGUGUGUCAUCAGUGCAGCCUCACCCAUGGCAUGACGUGAAGAUGAGACACCCUAGCUUAUUUUACCUAAACAUUAAUCACCUAAACACUAACCUAACCUAGCCUAGCCUAACCUAACCUAGCCUAGCCUAACCUAACAUAGCCUAACCUAGCCUAGCCUAACCUAACCUAGCUUAUUUUACCUUCACAUUAAUCGCCUAAACGCUAACCUAACCUAACCUAUCAUAGCUCUCAAGAAGCGUUAGGGUAAUUACUCUAAAAGUGAAAUAAACUGGGGUGUCUAAUCUUCACGUGAUUUACAAAUUUAAGAAUGGAGCUAUUUUGAAUCUGUCCAGGAGUUAAUAUUCCUUUGUGUAACACUUACUCCUCUUAACACUUUAACUUCAACACUAAACCUUACUUCCCCAACACUGUAACUAUCCUCCCCAACACGGUAACUUACUUCCCCAACACUGUAACUAUCCUCCCCAACACGGUAACUUACUUCCCCAACACUGUAACUAUCCUCCCCAACACUGUAACUUACUUCCCCAACACUGUAA